CUUCUGGAUUGGGGGUGGGGAUAAUACAUGUAGCCAAUCAGAAUGAAAGUAAGUUGACAAGAAACCAAUGGGAACUAGGCAUGGAAAUGGCUUUCAGUGUGAUAUCAGUUGGCAGUACUGUCUCUGGCAAACAGACACACAGGGCUGAGUACUGUUCUUUGUGAUUUUCAUGAGCCUCCAUCUUGAUCUCAACUUUGAACCAGCUUAGACUUGGAAGAAGUUACCUCUGGUCUUUAUAGUUUGGGGAGAAACCUGACCUGAGAGUGUAGCUGUUAAGUGCAGACAGCAGGAUUUGAAGAUAUCAAGGAGCUGAAGGGCUACUUGUGAGACAGAACUGAAAAAUCAAUGGCAAAAGUGAACACUUCUACCUUGGUUCCAACAGAAGGGAACCAACCUGACUUACUCUGCGGACGGUCAGCUGACUAUACUAUUUUAAGGAGCCAUUUCCCAUUGCUUGUCUGUUUCAUUAUUGUUUUGGGAGGAUUUCUGAGAUCAUGUUUAAAGAGUUCUGAUGUCAUUGUCUUGAUAAUUCUUUCUCUAUUAGGAUAUUUCAUAGGACAACUGGCCUACAAUUCAGUUGAGGUGCACAAAAUAGUUUACCCUCUUUUGAGAACACCAAGUUAUUCACUUUUUUGUUAUUUUGCACCUUUAAUUAUAUUUAUGGCUGCUUUAGAUGUGGACUUUCAUAUGCUCAAGAAUGUGCUUUGGCAGGUCCUGUUAACAGGAUUAAUUAGCUUUGCCACAGCCUUCCUCAUAAUUGGAUAUGUAGUUCUGAAAUACAAUACAGACUCAUGGAAUUUACAGGCUUGCCUACUCUUUAGCAUGACCCUUUCCAUUACAGAUCCUAUUUAUUCUGUGAAUUCACUGAAACACAUUGGCAUUUCCAAAUUGUACACUGAUAUCAUUAGAGGAGAAUCGAUGGUCAUUUGUGGUUUCACAACCAUUUUUUUUGGAAAUUUUCGGGCUAACUUAGUUAGCAGUUCUACAUUCAAGGAGUUUCACAUAAUCAUGGGUCUCAGUUUGGACAUUUUAGGAAGCAUAACGUGUGGAUACUGGUGUGCAAGAAUCAUUCAGUUUAUAUUGACUGACCUUUUUAGCAAUACGCUGACAAACAUCGUUCUUUGCAUUUCAAUGGUGUACAUGACUUUCUACUUAGUGGAGUUUUUUGGAAUGUCGGGCAUGGUUACUUUAGCCACUGUAGGACUGAAUUUAGAUUCCUUAAGUUUUAAAGCAAGGAACGAGGUCAUAAUUAAAAAGUUCCUAAUGAUAUUUUCAUCUAUAUACCAACAUUUAAUAUAUACUUUCUUUGGCAUUGUAUUAGGGUGUGGAGACAACACGUAUUUAGGAUUUCGCACUAUAGUUUUCUUAAUCAUCUUGUUUGCAACAGUGAAUCUUGUAAGGUUUUUUACUAUCAUAUUAGUGAGCCCUAUUCUGAUGCAUUCCAGUUAUGCAUAUAAUUGGAGAUGGGCAAUUAUUAUAGCAUGGUCUGGAAUUAAAGGAAGUUUUAGCUUACUCUUGGCUCCUGAUGUUUAUAAUUUGUCUGGACAAAGAAUGGAGUCACCACAAAAGUGUUUAUUUUAUGUACAUGUAAUAUCAUUAAUGACUAUGGUGAUAAACUCAUACUUGAUGACUCAUUCAGCCAGGACAUUAGGUUUAUGUGCUGUUUCCUUCCCAAGACAAAUAGCCAUGCAAAAUGCCAUUAUGCACAUACAGGAGAUAAUACAAAAUACAAUAAACUUAUCUAAAGCAGAAAAAAUUUUGACAAAUGUUAAUUGGACAUUAGUGGAAGAAAAAACGAGGAUUGAAUGUAUCAUACCUGCUGAUGCUGUUCCACUUUCCCAUGUUUCACAUGGUAAUGAAACAGAGGAGGAGUCUCCAACAGAUGAAGCUUUAAUAGAAGAAGCCAGAUUGAAUGUUGCUAUAAUACAAAUGAGUAACUUUGAAAAACAAUGUAAUGAUGGAUUCCUUAGUGUAGAAGCAGCCCGGAUAUUAAUUGGUGCAGCCAAAAGCUAUUGCUCCAUCCAAGGAAAAUUCAUGAGUAUUUAUGAUGUUUCAUCUUACGUAAAAGCUGAAAGUUGGCUUAUGAAGUUUAAAUACAUUUUAUCUGUAUUAAAACAGCAUAAAUAUAAGGCACCUAUGACUCCACGUGCGAAUAAUAAAUUUAUGACUUUUGCAAAUCACAUUGUAUUUUCAGACGAAUUUGAAUAUGCAGGAUGUAUUAUGGCAUUAACAUAUAUUUAUCCUUUGAUAGUACAUCUAUGUGCACUGACAAGAGAGUUAAAUGUGACAGCAUUGCUAUUCAUAAACUACUACUUUAUAUUUUUUUAUUUCUUAGAGUCAGCAUUGAAGAUAAUAAUUUUUAAAAGGCAAUACUUUUAUGACCUUUGGAAUACUUUGGAAUUUUGUAUCUUGAUUAUUGGAAUUGUUGAUAUUUUGUGUAUAUACUUUGUCAGACUGAGACCAGAUAACUUGACUCUAAUCCAGAUUACAGUAAUAUUAGGAUAUGGCAGAAUAAUUAGACUUAUUCCUCUCAUCAAGAUAAUGAUACCACUACUGAUAAAUAUUGUAGAUGUGCAGAUCAAAAAGCGUCUCAGCUUGAUGUACAGUAUUACAAAAGGUUAUGUCAAAAGUCAAGAUGAUACCAAAUUUUUAAUAAAACAGAUUUCUAGCCGAGAAUCAAUUUAUCAGAAAUUAUUUGACAUUUUGGAAGCCAACAAACGAGAUGCUAUCAAAGAACUAGGACAUAUCGAGCACCAGUGUCGUGAUGUUGUCAUUACUUUGAAGACUAGGCAGGCAAUCCAGAACGUGAUUGCUAAAGCUCUGAAAAACCUCACCUUCCUUUGGUCAAGAGGCAUCAUUGAUAAAUACGAGGGCAAAGAGAUUAAUAAGGUACUACUUUUAAAAAUAAAGGCACUUAAUAACUUUCCAAUGUUAAUUCCGCUCCCUACUCCUGAGAAAUAUCUUCAUAAUAUUGUGUGGCUGGAAAAUAAUGAAGUUCUUAUUGACUUCUUCAAGGAAAAAGCUAAGCUCGCCUAUUUUGAUUAUGGAGAUAUUAUUUGUAAAGAAGGUGAAAUGUCACAAGGAAUCUACUUAAUUACUUCGGGAAUGGCAAUUUUGCAUAGUCCACUUCCUACCUUUGGAAUAAACCAUGGUCUAAGGCCUGAUACAGAGUCCAAUACCAUACUUACAGAAUACUGUACCAGUGGGGACAUAAUUGGAGAGUUGAGUUGUCUGCUUAAGCAUGAAAUUGAAUAUACUGCCAUCUGUGAAACUACUUUACAGGCCUGCUUUAUCUCUCUGGAGGACUUAUAUGAAGGUUUUGAUGUCUUCUGGCCAUCCCUAGAAUAUAAAAUAUGGCUAAAACUUGCUCUCGGCAUUGCCAAUCAAUAUUUUGAAUCAAGUCUCAUCAAUGAGGACCUAAAUUUCCAGAAAUGUGUGAUGUGCAAUCUUGUAUAUGUGGAGACUUUGUCAAGCUAUAAUGAAAUGACGAUUGAUAAUAGGACCAUGAAGUUUGUUAUUAUUGUGUAUGGCAGUGUGAUUGAUAUAAAGACAGAGACAUCUUAUUUUGCACCUUGUAUUUUACCUAAAACUUGUGCACAGGUUCAGGGAACUUCAGAUUUAAGCAAGCUGCUGGUUAUCCAAACAUCUGAGGCUUCCCCAGAAGAUACUGUAUCAAAUGUCAUGGCCUCAGUCAAUACGUGUCUUCGAAUGAACAAGAAAGAAUAUGGCUGGAAAAGAUCAGUUGGAAGCUGGAUCCCAUUUCAAAAAAGAUUUUUAAGGCACUAAUAUGAUGUAUGGAGUCAGGCGAAAGACCAAAUUAAUAUCCUGGCUCAAGUGCUAAAGGAUUUUAUCUACCUGGCAAGGAGUUUGCUUAGAAGUUGCUGGAACACUUUACUGCAAUAUUUAUCUUACAAGUGAUUAAUGGACUGAUGUAAAACUCUAAUUUUAAGCAGUUGCAGUAUACUUGAGAGGUUCAAGAAUUCUUCAGGAUGAUGCAAGAUAUCCUAAAACUUGUGAAACCCUACUUCCAGCUGAAUGAAAGCUCCCAAAUGAAACCCUACUUCCAGCUGAGACUCAGUUAUAAUAGGGUACAAGUUACCAAAUCUGUUGUACAACUAAUAUAUUAUUAUUGAAAGCAUAGGGCCUAGAAUUUUGAUUUGUGAUAUUGUUGUUAUUAUUGCUUCCCUAACAUUUUCCAGAGUAAAGUCAUUUCCCUUUCUUGUCCUAAUUUAGUUAACACUGAACAAAUAUUCCACAAUCUUUGUUACUUAAAGCAAAAUUUGGGGGAAAUUAACAAGUUUACAUUGCAUAGUACUAUUUGGUAUCACUUUCCAUUUUAUUUUAAAAAGUCAAAUAAAGUUGAAUUUUUAUGGUUUG